GUGAUCUCCCUUCUUGCACCUGUUAAAAAACCAGGAAGUCGAUGAUUACAGGCGAAAAAGAUGUAGAACUAUCUUUAACGAACGGAGUUAAUUUUCUUUUCUCAAUGGCAUCAUGGACAUCUGUAUAGCCGUGCUCCACAUCAGACAUGGAUGGGAUAAAUUACACGACGGUUACUGUGCCCACGACAACAGAGUGGGCAGCUUGGUCCGAGUAUGAGAGCGAGUAUCACCGGGCUACAAAGACCAGUGGAGUUGUCGGUCCUAUCGUCGGUUCCGUCGUCGUCAUUAUCUUCGUCAUAUCCAUCUUUUGUUUCACAUCGCACGUUCGAAGAAGGCGACAGGAAAUAUUGGCUAGCACUGCGCGACGUGCCCGUGGCAGCAAUCAAGGUGGGAGACCUUUUGUGAUUGGCCAUUCCCAUAGUCCAGAUUGGGUGGACCGAGAAGCAGACGAAAAUGACGUCAAUAGAAUAAUGCAGGAUUUACCUCCCCCUUACACUCCUCCUUAUGAAACAGAGGUGAAAGAUGGAGAUUUGCCACCUUCUUAUGCUGACGCAGUUGUCAUGUAUAGUUAUGACAACUCUGGAACUGAUGACGUCACACGAUCAUAUGAUGAGAAUGAAGUAAGUUCGGACGAUUAUGACACAGACAAUAGGACGGACUACAGUGUUGAUGAUGACGUAUACUAUGACGUCACAUAUGAUGAAAAUGUUCCUUAUGGUGCUAAUGAAAUAGGAAAUGGUGACCCUGAUAACGAUUCCCCAGGCGAUCAGGAUUGUGAGGUUAGCUCCUAACCUAAUGGUUAUACACAUUGGAAAGCAUUGAUGACGAAGUUCUAGAAGAACUACACGGAUUCUGUGCCAUCCUAUUUAAAAUGCGACAUGCUUCCUACUGUUAGAAUGAAUAAGUAAGUGAUGUAGGCUUAUUUUUCUCCCCCCUCUCGUAUGGAACACCCCUGUGUGAUAUGUGUAUCCAAUAUGGCUGACAUCAGUGUCUUUAAUAAUUAUGAUAUUAUGACGUCACAAUCGAAAGCCCGCCAUUUUGAUUGGCUGUGCCAUCUUGUCAUCAGCAAGUUACACCAUCUCAGGAACAUAAUAGUUAUUGCACAAGUUUGUCUUUUAUUUAGGGGAUAGCACGUUGUUUUGAGUGGCUACUAUACUGGCGAUUAGAACAUGAAAUUUGGGUUUGAACUCGAGACCGAUAGG